ACUCUUACAGGAGAUAAAAUGUAAGAUCAUAGAAGAAACUGUAGAGCUAAAACACAUAAACCUCAUAAAUUCUAUAUGGCAAAUUCAAGGGAGAAAAACCACAUCAUUCAGAAUAAAAGUACAAGGCAAGGAAAUGUUGCCACCUUGAGAAAAAGACUCUUCAUGAUGUCAGUAAAGCACUAGAAAAAUGGAGUCCAUAUAAGUUUGAAGGAAAAGGGAACUUUUUAUUCCUCUAUCCUCAAAUGGUAAUUCUAACACUAAAAUUUUAAUCUAUAAUUUUUUAACAAGCAUCCCAAAGAUGUAUCCAAAUAAAAUGUUUAUUACUUAGGUAAUAUAGUACAUUCCACCAAAUAUGUGAUCUGAAGCCUUCCCAAAGGUUUAAGAUUUAAUUCAGAAUUUUAUUUUUUGAAAAUUUAUGUGGCCUAAAAUAGAACUUGAAAGUAGUCCUUCUCAAAUGAGAUCACUUCUGAAUGUGCUCCCUUUCAGCAUAUUAAGAUGAUAGAAAACUACACGACAGGAGAGUCAAAAAAAUCAUUAAUCAGUUCUAUUUACUUCACAUCUGACCUAGGCAAGCCCUGGCAAAGGAGGUAUUUGGAAGAUGUGGGUAGGAACCCCCAGUUGUAAAAGGGAGAGUCCUCAUUAGUAAUGCUCUUUCUUUGGACCACAAUUUUUUUUAAGGACUGAGUUCUCCACUCAAAAAUGAAAAAUCAGUUUCUUGGUUUAAAAUGUUCAUAUGGCAUGUUACAAUAUUUUAAUUGUAUCCCCGGUCCAGUGACUCCCAUUUAAAAUCACUGAUAACUAAGAAAGUUCAAAGGCUCCAAACCAAGGCAUCAACUGAAGCUCAUGUAUAGCAGGAAGGAGGUGACUUGAUGCAAAAUAGCACACAGCAUGCAGUCUUUUGUGCUUUCCUUCCCCUCCAAUCCAGGCAUUUGAUUUUUAAAUCAAUAUUCUUAGUGGAUAGCAUUCUUCAUCCCAAUAGACAAAAAUGUACCUAGAUGAUUUCAUACCACCUCCCCAGAUAAAAACCAAAGUUGUCAAAGAGAAGGUUUUCUUCAAUUCAUUUUUUAAAAGUGUUUGGUACUUUUCCACUUUGUCUUAAACAUGGACUUAUUUUUAUAUGCAGUGUUACACAGUUUAGAUGUAUAAAACUUAAAUUGACCUGAGGAACGAUGAGAAGGAAAAACUCCAGUCAUAACAGAAUGAAAUGACAACCUUACUCAGUUUUCCUUAACAAAGAAGUGUGUUCCCUUCCUUACAUUCUACAGGAAGAAAAAAGAGGGCAGGGGAAAGGGAUGGGGGCAGCUUGGGGUAAAAUUAAAUUAUGCUAAGAUUUGUUAAUAUGUAUUUAGUAAAUAGUAUUUCUAUGUUUCAUAAUGUACCCUUCCCCAACUCUUCUUACCUCCACCUCCACCCUGCUAUGUUUAAUAGAGUUGAAAAAUUACUCCCUUUUUCAGAGUUGGUCAUAACUCAGGAUAGUCAGGAAGAGCCAAACUAUUAUGCCUUUAGUAAAUAUAAUAUUUCUUAUAUAUUUUAAUUCCUUUAUUUAUGCAUCAAACAUUUGUUGAAUUCAUGAUAAUAUCCUGGACCCUGGGAAUACCAGAGAAGUAACAGAAUAAAAGUAGCUUACAAAAUAGCUAAAUAAGCAAUUACAAUGUAGUGCUACAAUAAGAGAAAAGUUUGGUUGUCUUUCCAGGGAGAACUGUUCUAACUUCAGUACUGAAGCAGCUGUCUGAGUUUUAGUAUCCUGUUAUCAACUUUACCCAACACAUGCUAAUGUUCCAGAACAUUGUGAUUUUGACUUCUAACAAAGAAAGGAAUACUAGAACUCAUUUCAGCCAAUCAGAAACUGAACUUUUCAUUCUGAAUGGAAUUAUAUGAUUCAAGAUGUAAAUCACACAGGUAUUGGCAGAGAAAAAGGCAUACCGGUAUUGAAACUGUAAACUGGCCUGUUUACUUUGUCUCCUAACAAAAAACACUUUGGAUUCAGGUUCUCCACAGCAGUCUUCCACUGGCCACAGUGAGGAGAGCUAGGUUUCCCCAGUCUCCAGUUAGAAAAACUCAGAACAUCUAAAGAUCUGAAAGAUGGAAAAAAGAGAACUAAAGGCUUCUGUUCCAAAAUUUGACAAGAUUCCUUGGCUUAGUGAGGCCAGCCUCGUAAACAAGCCAUUAGUGCUCAGCCUCCCCAGAAGAUAUCCUCAUUCCUCUGCGACUUUUCUGACUUCGUCCAAGAAGAAUAUGAAUUUGCCAAUUUUGCUUCAAGUUCCAGAUGUUUUAUCUAAGGCCAGGAGGAACCAGUGUGACUCCAUGCUGCUCAGAAACCAACAGCUGUGCUCCACAUGUCAAGAAAUGAAAAUGGUACAACCAAGAACAAUGAAAAUCCCAGAUGAUCCAAAAGUAUCCUUUGAGAACUUUAUGAGUGAUAGAAUGAGUCUUCAUCAACCCAAAUUCCAGACUACACCUGAGCCUUUCCAUGAUGACAUCCCAACAGAAAGCAUUCACUACAGACUGCCCAUUCUGGGCCCCAGGACAGCUGUCUUCCACGGAUUACUGACAGAGACCUACAAAACUCUAAAAGAGAGACAACGUUCUUCCUUGCCCAGAAAGGAACCAAUAGGCAAGACAAUGAGGCAGUGAGCAGUAGGAGCUCAUCACCUCCCAGACUCCCAGAGAGAAAAUAACCUCGCCAAGCCAAUCUUUGACACUGGCACCUUCUCCUCACAAUUUUCUCUCCUCUCCCAAAAGAUGAUUUAAUUUUGCCUUCCUAAGAUUGCUGGUAUUCUAGCUCUUACCUCUAUCUUCUCUCUCAUGUCUCCUAAAGACAAAAUGGUUUAAUUUACAUGAUUAUAAACAUCUGUUGAUGAAAAUGGAACAUGGUAACUGUCUCUCAUUUUAUUUUGUUAAAGGUUCCUCUCUACAUUAAAGUGGAAAACAUC